AUGCUCAUAGACAAACUCGUGUUGACGAAAACGCCGACGCCGCCGACUCCUCUACUGCCACAUGUUCCGAGGAACAGUUCUUCUCCGGCGUCAAAGACGGCGUUGAAAGGCUGGCGUCUUCUCGCUUCGGCCAGGCCGAUGACGUCGUGCGUUAUCCUUCUCGCUUGCAUGGGCAAGUCUUCUAUCGAGGACUCGGAUGCAAGUUGUUCUGUCAAUCCUAUUUGGCUUGACUCGAGUGAAAAGCGUGUAGACGACAGUCUGCAAGCAGAUUGGGCUAUAGUUGCUGAAAUGUUGGAGAUCGCCCUUCUUGAACAAUAGGGUUCAGAUCUUAUGCUUUCCGGAUCUGAUGCUGUUCGAUUUUUCAGCGACGAAAUGGCAUGUCGGAUUUUGCAAGGGAGAGCCGGUGGUAUAACGUAUCCGUCCUCCUUUAUUUCAUAUGAAUGA